CUAAGACCGAAAACAACUAUAACGAAUAAUAGUAAAGUUUAGAUCUUAACUUGGCCGUGUAUCCGAUUGCCGCCGUCAUAGUUUCAAGUUGACGUGAAAGACAAACAUUAGCGAUCAAGUGAAUUUUAUUCAGAAAAUAUGGAAAUGCCCUAAAAAUGCUUUGAUAUCUUAUUAGUUCACCCUUUCAAAUUUCUAUCUAUCGUGCCUAUAUUUUUGAGAUUACUUACAACACAAGAUUUACUUCACAAUUGCAAAAUGAGUUUAGUGGGGAAAAAGUGCGAAUCAAUAUCGAUGCUUGAAACCAAUAAAGACGACGUAAUAGUGAGUGAAAUAACUCCUGAGGAUGUUCUGAGACUAGACAGGAUUACUGACACAUACAUGUGUAGUCCUGAGGCGAACGUAUACGAUAUAGACUUCACGAGAUUCAAGAUACGCGAUUUGGAAAGUGGGACGGUGCUUUUUGAGAUUGCGAAGCCUCCAACGGACUUUGGAGUGGACAGUGAGGGCACCGACGAUGCUCCAGAGGAGCCGCUGGACCCUAACGCCGGGAGGUUCGUGCGCUACCAGUUCACGCCUCAAUUCUUGAAGCUAAAGACUGUAGGAGCCACGGUGGAGUUUACCGUUGGAGCUCGUCCUGUCAACCACUUCAGGAUGAUAGAGAAGCAUUUCUUCAGGGACACAUUGCUUAAGACCUUCGACUUUGAGUUUGGUUUCUGCAUACCGUUCUCAAGAAACACUUGCGAACACAUAUAUGAGUUCCCCACUUUGCCUCCUGAUCUAGUGGAUGAAAUGAUCACCGCACCAUUCGAGACGUGUUCCGACAGCUUUUACUUUGUCGACAACCGUUUGGUGAUGCACAACAAAGCAGAUUACGCUUACAACGGCGGCAUCAACAAUUAAACACAUUUAUUGUUUACUACAAUUGGCACCAUGCAUCGUUUUCGUGAUUUAAAUUUUAUGACACUGUUUGACACAUGUCAGUUUUCGAAAUUUGUGAGUAGAUCUCAGUUUUGAGCUGUCAGAGAAAUAAGGGUAUAGUGAUGUUAUAGUAAAAGAUGAUAGUUGGAAAAUAUCUUCCAAGCUAUUGAGGCAGUAAAAUAUUUUUGAAAUUGCUUAUUUUGACAAACGAAGAACCAGUAUGUGGCUAAGCCUUCUGGUGGAAGAUUGUAAAUACCUUUGACUCUCAUCACAGAAUAGUUAACAAAUGGAGUUUAACUAGACACUUGAGAUAUAGACGAUCUGAUUGGAUAAGCGCAUUAGCUAGAUGCUACUAGUUCCUCGAUCAGCAACAACAAUAUUUUCUGCAGUUUCCAACGUUUAGUUAGUAUUCCAUUUGCUAACUAAUCUGUGUACAUUUGACAGCAUAACGUUCUUAAAUCACACUUAAAUACAUAAUAUUUGUGAUCUUAUUGAUUGUGAUUUUUACAACUAUACUUACUCAAGUAAUCAAUUUAAAUUAAUGUGAACUGAAUUUAAAUUAAGGGAGUGUUUUGUUUCAAUGUUGUUUAAAGGUGUUGCACCUUUUCUAUUUUUAGUUUAUUUCUGUUCAUUUUUAUCUUUUAUUACGUUUUGAUAGAGGGGAGUAUUUAAUAAGGGAAUCAGGGCAAGAUGUAUGAUGGAAGGCAUUCAUAAAGUAUUUUUGUUAAGUAUUAUUAUUUGAUGUAUUUUAAUAAAAUUGAUCUCGAUAUUAACGGUAUUAUCUCAGUGAUGACAUUCCAAUUUAUUAUAUUUAAUUAGAAUAUGCCAUGUACUUAAUAAUGGUUAUAUGAUAGUUUUUAAUUAUUUCAAUUUAUUUUCAUUAUUUUUAGUGAUUGUGAUAUUGGUGAUACUUUAAGGUUCUAAUUUAAAAUUUUCAAGUCUUAUUUAAAACCAAAAUGUGUUAUGUACACUGAUGUGUCUUAUUAAUUUUAGUGUUGGCUAUUACUUUGUAAUAAAUAGUAUUAUUUUAUUACAGUAUGUAUUAGCAAUUUUUCGAAAAACACUGAGUGAUCAACUUUACUCUCUUGCACUCUUUUCAAAUGUGUGAUAGGGCUACAGCGUGUUAUAUUUGUCUUUUUAAAUAGAUUUACUCAAUAAUUUUCCUGCAUUAAUUUAAAAAUACAAAAUAAUUACAGGUUGAGUAUUUCUAAAUUUCUAGGCUUUUGUCGUAUUUACCUUAUUUAUGCGAUGCUCCUUUCAAAAUAUUAUUCUAGGUGUAUUGCAGGCUUUUGAAUUUAUUUUUUUUGGAUUUCUCCUAGCAUCUUUGAUUUAAAAUAUUUUGACAAUUGAAGUAAAAUUAUAUACAGGGAAUCUCAAUACUUUCGUUUUUUUUUCUAUUAUUAAAAAGUGAACUAACUUGAAUAAAUAAAGAAUAAUUAAAAAAAAUCCCUAAGGAAAAAAAAUGAAUAAUUCGGCCAGUGAUUUUUGUCUCUGUCUUGCAUUUUCACGUAACCUAUCGUGUCACAGAGACCGAACAUGGUCUUGUUUAAAAGAAACGCCAUCUUGGCUCAGGUAUUGCCAGAAUAAAUAAAUAGACGUAGUUGCUACUACAAAAAAAUAAUAUAGUAAAAAAUAAUAGUAUUACUUGAUUUCUUUCAAGAAUGUACUUGUAGGUAAAUUACAGACUGCUUUGAUCAAACGAAAGGCUAUUCCUUAAUCCACUGAAAAAAAGAUAGGCGUAUUUUGUCUUCGGGAACCCUGAAUUUAUCAGUAUAGGAGAUUUUAAAAUGGCGGCAAAUUAAUAAAAAAAUUGGUGAUUUAAUAUCCAGCUUUAAAACUUUAAAAUUAAAAUCAAAAAUUCCCAUUUCAUGCCGUCCAUGUUUUAUUUAAACAAGUGACCUUUUUUAAAUGUAAAGUUUUAAUAAUACGAACUAAAUGUGUUCAGUACGAUGAAUUUUCAUUUAAGUAAUUUAUUUUUAACUAUGUCUAGUUGUAACUGUUAGCUGUGUCUACACUGUGUGAUGCUUUUGAAUUAGCCUGUGACUAUAUUAUUUCUGCCAAAUAAGUAUGUAAUACAUAUGUAAUUUUAUUACCUUUUUAAUUAUUUUUUUAUACAAAAUUUUAUUGGUGACUGUACCUAGAGCGGUUCAUUACGGAUGUUUUGUUUGUGUAUACCAAAUUAAUGUUUUUUAAUCUUCAACAAUUCAACCUUAUAUUUAAACAUUUUUGUUAGAUGUUAGAUAAUAUGAUUAACUCAUUUGAUGUUCCAAAGAAAUUCAAUUUUUAUGAUUAUUACUGUGGGGCCUAAUUCUUUGUUUGUCUAUGGGUAGGCUGAUUUCUAUAUUUGAGUUAAUGAGUAUACAUAUAAAUAUAAUCUAUUGUAUGUAAUAUGUACCUAUACAACUUACAACAGACUUAAGUAGGUACUUAUGUUUCUGUAUUAGACACCUGAUAGCUUAGGAAAGCGGGUCAUCCUUCAAAUAACCCCCUAUGUAUAAACUUUU